GCUUUCGUCUCAAUUUGGAAAUCCGUUUUCCCGGUUAAAUCUCCAACAUCAGCCCCACACUACCUUUCCAUUUCGACUUUCCAUAAAUUAAAUCUAAAAAAACCAUCAAAAUUCUUUAAAUUACCAAAAAUUAAAUUAUAUUUAAAAAAAAAAAAAUCACAUCACCUCAUAUUUAUAUCCCAAGAGGAACAGAUUGAUAGACAUUCAUGUAUAGAGCCUUCAAAACCACCAACACAAAAACAAAUCUCUCUUGCUCUUCUUGUUCCGGUCACUUCCCGGUGACAUCUCCGACCAAUAUUUCGCCCAUCGAUUUCCGAAGUCUUUUUUGGCUUCGAUACUAUUACAAAAUAAAGAUGACCAGAGAAUGAGAAACCAUCGACGGCGAUCAUGUCACUUCCGUGCUCCGAUUGCUUCACCGACCUUCUCUGCAGCGAGGACUCAUCCGAAAUUUUCUCCGGUGAAUCGCCGGAAUGCUCGUCGGACCUCGAAUCUCCGGCAUGUAUCGAAGAAUCCAUUGCCAGUUUCAUUGAGGAUGAAAGGAACUUCGUGCCUGGAUUCGAUUACUUAUCUCGGUUCCUAUCCCGCUCUCUCGAUGCAUCGGCUCGCGAAAAAUCCGUUGCAUGGAUUCUCAAGGUGCAAGCAUACUAUAGAUUCCAGCCAUUGACGGCUUAUCUCUCCGUCAACUAUUUGGAUCGGUUCCUUUAUUCUCGUCCAUUGCCGCAAACGAGUGGAUGGCCAAUGCAACUUCUAUCUGUUGCUUGCUUGUCACUAGCAGCUAAAAUGGAGGAAGCUCUGGUUCCUUCUCUAUUGGAUCUCCAGGUUGAAGGUGCCAAAUAUAUAUUUGAACCCAGAACAAUCCGAAGGAUGGAACUUCUCGUUCUCAGUGUGUUGGAUUGGAGGCUACGAUCUGUAACACCAUUUAGCUUUCUUGGCUUCUUCGCUUGCAAAAUCGAUUCAACUGGAGACUAUAUUGGGUUUCUAAUUUCACGGGCCACGGAAAUCAUUCUAUCUAAUAUGCAAGAAGCGAGCUUUCUUGAGUAUUGGCCAUCAAGCAUUGCUGCUGCAGCUAUACUUUGUGCAGCCAAUGAAAUACCAAACUUGUCUCUUGUUGAUCCUGAAAACGCUGAAUCAUGGUGUGAUGGGCUAAGCAAAGAAAAAAUCAUCAGCUGCUAUCAGUUAAUGCAAGAUCUUGUGCUUGACAAUAGUCGGAGGAAACCCCCAAAAGUCUUACCACUGCUAAGAGUAACAAUCAGGGCCAGAAUGAGGUCCAGUGACUCAUCUUCAUCUUCAUCCUCAUCCUCAUCAUCAUUUUAUAAAAGGAGAAAAUUAAAUAAAUGCUUAUGGGUGAAUGAUGACAAAGGAGUCUCCCAGUGAGGGCAAAUAGGAUAUAAUAAAAUGGAGGAAAGAAGGGAGAGACAGAGGAAAAAAAAAUAAAGGAAACAAAUUAAUGGUGGUCUAAGUUAUCUAGAAUCCUCAAAUAUUUUUCUUGGAGGGUUUUGGGGCCAAAUUGACUCGUGUGAAGUAGAUUAUUUUGUGUAUAUAUGUGUGUGAAUUAGAGUUUGGUGAGUUUGGAGAUUUAUUAUUUUUUUUUUUGGUGGGGCUUGCCUUUGAUUAUUAAUGGCAUUGCAGAUUCCCAAGUGAGAGGGAUUUGUUAAUAUUUUUGUGUGAGAAAGUUGGGUGAAGAAAGAGAAAGCUUAUAUGUUUUCAAUAGUAGAGCCAUAGAGUGUGAAAGAA